GCAUGCUAGAGGACUGCUAUCUCACCAAAUGGGUCAAGUAUUUUGGACAGCUGGACCAGGCCACUCGGCCCAUGAAGCCCAGCCCAGCACUGGGCGGGAUUGAACAGCUGCAUCGCACUGUUUUGCAGGUUCCAAAACGCACCGUUUCAAGCGUUCUCUCGUCCGCCUUUGCACAGCACGCGCCAACCGCUGUUCCUUUUCCCGCCUCAGCUUUGCCUGAUUUCGAAGCUAUCCGUACGAGAGGCAGGCGGCGGGGCUCAUGAAUGAUUAGACUCAUUCUACACCGAACCCUCCGGCGUCCGAACGGUGCAGUGGGCAGUAAGCUUGUGGGUCGGUUCCACCUUCCUGCCGCCCGGUUCUCAGCCCAAGCUGCGGCGUUGACCCAAGAAUGGCCAGAUUUCGACUCCCACUCCUACGGCGCCGCUCUCCAAGACUGCGUCCGGGGCGGCAGCACUUUGGCCGGAAAGGCCAUACAAUGCGAUGCACUGAAGAGGGGGGACUGCUUGGACUUGUUUGCGUCCAACAUUCUCCUCAAUCUGUAUGCAAAAGCGGAACUUUUCGACGAUGCGAACCGCCUGCUCGAUAAAAUGCCUGUAAGAAACACGGUGUCAUUCGUCACGUUAAUACAGGGUUAUGCGCAGGCGCAACAGUUCGACAAAGCAAUGGAAUUGUUCGCUCACCUGCACAGAGAGGGACACGAGCUCAAUCCGUUUGUGUUUACCACAUCCUUGAAAUUGCUCGGUGCUAUGGAGAGGGCGGAAUUGGGUUGGACCGUUCAUGCCAGCAUUAUUAAACUGGGGCACAACUGUAAUGCCUUUGUGGGUACUGCUCUGAUCGAUGUUUACGCCCUUUGCGGGGACGUAGCCAGUGCUAAGGAAGUCUUUGACGGGAUUGUCUACAAGGACAUGGUUUCUUGGACUGGGAUGGUGACUUGUUUCGCUGAGAAUGAGUGUUUUGAGGAGGCCUUGAAACUCUUUUCGCAGAUGAUGAGGGUCGGGCAUAAGCCGAACAACUACACUUUCACCAGCAUGCUUAAGGCUUGUACCAGUCUUGAUGCUUUAGGGCUGGGGAAGUGCCUUCAUGGAUCCACCCUCAAGACCUGUUAUGAGCUGGACUUGUAUGUGGGUUUUGAGCUGCUUGAGUUGUACUCUAAGUUUGGCGAGAUGAAAGAUGCUCAUAAGCUAUUUGAGGAGCUACCGCAAAAGGAAGUUAUGCACUGGAGUUUAAUGAUCUCACGGCAUGCUCAGGGUGAUCGGAGCAGAGAGGCAGUGGAGUUUUUCCAUCAAAUGAGGGGAGCUCGUGUUCUUCCUAAUCAGUUUACACUGGCCAGCAUGCUGCAAGCUUGUGCAACAAUGGAGUCCCUAGAGCUGGGGAAGCAAAUACAUUGCCAUGCAUCAAAGGUUGGUCUUGACUCAGAUGUUUUUGUUUCGAAUGCCCUCAUGGAUGUAUAUGCAAAGUGUGGAGGGAUUGAUGUGUCUGAGCAAAUAUUCGAGAGAUCUCAAAAUAGGAACGAUGUGUCCUGGAAUACUUUAAUUGUUGGCCAUGUCCAAUUAGGUGACUGUGAGAAGGCACUAGGUUUGUUCUCGAAUAUGUGGAGAUGCCAGAUGGAAGCUACUGUAGUGUCGUAUGCUAGCACUCUUCGUGCUUGUGCUAGCUUAGCAGCCCUGGAUCCAGGAAAUCAAGUUCAUACUUUAGCCAUCAAAACUACUUACGACAAGGAUCCCGUUGUUGGGAAUUCAUUGAUACACAUGUAUGCAAAGUGUGGAGGCAUCAAGGAUGCCCGUUUGGUCUUUGAUACAAUGAAUGUGAGGGAUGUGGUUUCUUGGAACACCAUGAUCUCAGGAUACUCUAUGCAUGGCCUCAGUAGAGAGGCUUUGAAAGCUUUCGAAAUGAUGAAAGAGAGAAAAGUUCGACCUAACACGCUGACAUUUGUUGGUGUACUGUCUGCAUGUAGCAACGGCGGGCUUCUUGAACAAGGGGAAGCUUAUUUUGACUCUAUGGUGCAGGACUAUGACAUUGAACCUUGUAUGGAGCACUACACGUGUAUGGUUGGACUUUUAGGUCGAUUAGGCCAUCUGGAUCGUGCUAUAAAGUUGAUUCGGGAGAUCCCCUUCGAGCCAAGUGUUAUGGUGUGGCGAGCUCUACUUGGGGCUUGUGUGAUCCAUCAGAAUGUUGAGAUGGGAAAAAUCUCUGCCGAGAAAGUGCUCGAAAUGGAACCCCAAGAUGAGGCAACUUAUGUUCUAUUAUCCAACAUCUAUGCAAAUGCAAGGAGAUGGGAUAAUGUAGCUUUUGUGAGGAAGAAGAUGAAGAAGAAAGGGGUGAAGAAGGAACCAGGUUUGAGUUGGAUUGAAACUCAAGGGUCGGUUCAUUGUUUCAAAGUAGGGGAAACUUCCCAUCCCGAUAUGAAGUUGAUCAAUGGAAUGUUAGAAUGGUUGAACAUGAAAACUAGGAGGGAAGGCUUCAACCCCAACUGUGAUGCCGUAUUGCUUCAAGUUGAGGAGGAGGAGAAGGAGCGAAUGUUGUGGUUGCACAGUGAGAGAUUAGCUUUGGCUUUUGCAUUGAUAAAAGUGCCCAAUGGAGGUCCCAUUCGGAUCAUUAAGAAUCUUCGCAUAUGUGUGGAUUGCCAUGUUGCUAUAAAGAUGAUCUCGAGGGUCGUGCAAAGGGAAAUUAUUGUUAGGGAUGUGAAUAGGUACCAUCACUUUUGUGAUGGAGCAUGCUCCUGUGGUGAUUAUUGGUGAUGGAAAUGGGCUCGAUAACAACUGGAAAUUGUAAUCCAUUGCCAAGUAUCCCGCUGUUGGAGCUUUGCAACUACAGAGGAGCCUUUGCUUCUCAACAGGGGACUCGGGGGGUUCCCCCAAUACAUAUGAUCCCUCAUGUACACAACAAACAAUAUCCAAAGUGUAGAUUACAAGUUAUGGUGGCAAAGGGAGAGUUUUGUACUAAAUGUUCCUAAACAUGGCCCAAUGAGGUAAUACUCCACACUUUAAUUAACAUUUGCCGAUUUAGAUCUAACUGUUGAAUUUUUUAAAACUCACCUUUACUAUACAUUUGCACGGGAGUAAUAGUUCACUAUAUACCUUCUCUUAAAAAAUUCUUGAGAUGGCCUUGUUUGUCCUCGGGUCAUGCUCUUCUGAAAGUACAUGCAUCUGUAGAAGUAUCAAUAUGUCUUCUGUGUACAUCACUUUGAUGUGCUUUCAAUUGGAAGUUGUAGGAGGAUAUUAUUGUGCAGUCCAUCACUUUUCCAUACUGCGAGGCACCAAAGGAAUCAUGUGAUUAUUCCUGUAAUAUAAGUCGACAAUGAAUCUUUAACACUCUCAACGGUAUCUAUCAUUCAUUUUGGACCAUGCCUCCUGGUUAAGUGAAUGUUUUGUACUUUCGCCAUGUCUGAAGUUGAGUAAUAGCAUAAACCUCUGCACCCCGUGAAAGUUGAGCGGUCUGCAUAGCGGUUUCAUUCAAUUUCAUGUACUUCUUGUCACCACAAUGUCUGGAUAUGAUCAACAAUUCGUAUGAUGCAUCGUGGAAUAUUAGCUCCAAGAAAGCAACAGAUUAUCUGAGACCAGAACCAGAGAUUUUGUUUAGAUGUAGGAUUAUGUUGCUGACAAUCUAUUUGAGAAUUGACUGACCAACUGCAUUGUUUUUCUACGUUGCUCUCAAUAUCACCUGAGCCACUUCCAAUUAUGUCACUUCACGAUUUGACCUGAUCACUUCAAAUGGCUCACCGAAUCAGGAUUGGAUUCUCUCCUGCGAGCCUGGCUUCUGAAGAGAAUCCACGACCCUCCCAGAGAGGCAGUCCCGAUGCCCUCUCGUGAAUCCUGGAAGUUUUAACCGUUGAAGUUCGGGGCAUAAAUACUCUGGGGCUGUCAAGAUGUAUAAUUGUUCGGUAAGAUUAUUGCGAGGACUCGAAAUAAGCCAGAUGGUUGAUAUAAUUUUUUGAGGCAAGGAUCACACAUAAUGAUUAAAGUGACCAAUGUUGAAAUUAUUUAGUCAAAGCUUUUGAUUCAUUUGAUAAAAUGAACACAAACAUUAAUUAGUAGGUUUGUCUCUUCUAUUUACCGAAAAGCAAAUGACAUUAUUCU